AUUUUGCUCAUACCAUCUUCAUAUCCCUCUUCUGAUCGGCGUUCUUUCUUGGUUUCUCUGUAUAAUCUAGAGUCCAUCGAUCUUGACAAAAGCAAAAAAUGGCAAAUUCAGGAUCCACUUGGACAGCCAAGCAAAACAAACUGUUCGAGAAUGCUGUGGCCAUGUAUGGCAAGGACACUGGCCCAGACCGCUGGCAGAAUCUAGCCAAGGCAGUUGGGGGCAAAACCGUGGAGGAAGUGAAGAGGCAUUACGAGUUUCUUGUCGAAGAUGUCAGGCAGAUUGAGACAGGCCAAGUGCCCCUCCCCAAUUACAGAAAGAUCACUACUGCCGCAACCAACAAAGGUUAUAACAACAAUUACAUGGAUGAAGAACAAAGGCUGAAGGGUCUGAAGCUCCAAUGAAGCCUGCAAAAUAAGAAGCCAUGUGCCC